AUGGCAGAAUCAGGGCAAUUGAAUAUGAAGAUCCCUUGGGGACUCACUGCAAUCAUCGCACCUAUUGUGUUUCAGGCCAUUUUCAGAAAGAGAGGAGGAUUCAUGUACAGAAAGAUGGUUGCGUUCAUACUGAUGGGAGUGGCAGCGUGCUUGGGCAUCCUUGCGGGCGUGGCAUUGCCAUUGAUAGGCAGAGCACACUUGAUCAAUUGGACGGUAGCAAGAACAGAGGCAUUCUUGAACAAGACAUUUUUAGCAAUCACUGCUACUGUGGAGGGACAGGAGCACUUGCCCAAAGAUGACCAAACUGCAAUUUACGUUUGCAAUCAUCAGACGGUGAUGGAUAUCAUGUUUAUGGGCAACAUCUUUCCCAAGAGAGCUGCUGUCGUAGCGAAAAAGUCGAUUCGAUGGGUCCCCUUCUUGGGCUGGUUUAUGAUCUUGAGCAAGACUAUCUUCUUGGAUCGUGGAAACCGGGACAGUGCAAUCAAGCAAGCAAAGCAGGCAGCCAUCGAUAUUCAUAGAAAAAAGAUGGGUGUGUGGAUCUACCCUGAAGGCACUCGAAGCAACAGUGGUAAAAACGAGUUACUGCCGUUCAAGAAGGGCGCAUUUUACAUGGCAACACAGGCUAAAGUGCCGAUUAUCCCUAUCGUGAUCCAGAAUUAUAAAGACAUCUAUAAUGCCAAACAAAAGCAUUUCAGCUAUGGCGACAUUAAAAUCAAGAUUUUGCCUCCUGUUGACACAACUGACAUUCCCGAAAAUUCGGAAUCUGUGGAUAAAUUGGCCACAGACAUUAGAAAUCAAAUGUUGGCCACCUUGAAGGAGAUCUCUCCAGAACAACAAGACAAAUCAGAAUAA